AUGUCACUUAAGGCCUUUACCUCUACUUCUAGAAUUUCUUUGGUUUACAAAUCCUGUAAUACACGGGAUUUUCCCUUGUCUCCAUUUGCCUCCGCUGGAGACAGUUCCGAACUGAAUCAGCUCUUUGCUAUUGAUUUUUCCAAAAAUUGCAAAGAAGCUUCUUCCACAAUUGAAGUGAUCUAUGAGGAAACAAGAGACAGGGAUAAUAGUAAAUAUCAGCAAGGAUUACAGAUCCGCCAGGAGCUUCCGCAGCUCCACCGCGUCCACCCGCCGACGCCGAGCCCCGAGCGCGCCUCCGUCCGGCCAACGCUCCCCCGGACCGGAGAGGGGGUGCGGGGGGCGCCGAGAGGGGGCGCAGCCGCCCGCCAGUCACCCGGGGGCUCCACCGCCCUUCCGCACCAGCCCGCGCCGGGGGCGGGCGGCGCUUGCAGCGGGCGCGCGGGGCGCGCCGGGCACCGGGGGCUCGGCCGGCCGCCCGCGGCGCUCGCCAGCAGCAUGCUCUAUUUCCAGAUGGUGAUCAUGGCAGGGACGGUGAUGCUGGCGUACUACUUCGAAUACACCGACACGUUCACCGUGAACGUGCAGGGCUUCUUCUGCCACGACAGCGCCUACCGCAAGCCCUACCCGGGCCCGGAGGACAGCAGCGCCGUGCCCCCGGUGCUGCUCUACUCGCUGGCCGCCGGCGUCCCGGUGCUCGUGAUAAUCGUUGGAGAGACUGCUGUGUUUUGCCUACAACUAGCCACAAGGGAUUUUGAAAACCAGGAAAAAACUAUAUUAACUGGAGAUUGUUGCUAUAUAAAUCCACUGGUGCGCCGAACUGUCCGAUUCCUUGGAAUUUAUACGUUUGGACUAUUCGCUACUGAUAUCUUUGUAAACGCUGGACAAGUGGUUACAGGAAACCUAGCCCCGCAUUUUCUUGCUCUAUGUAAGCCCAACUAUACGGCACUGGGGUGUCAGCAGUACACACAGUUCAUCAGUGGGGAGGAGGCUUGUACAGGCAACCCAGAUCUCAUCAUGAGAGCGAGGAAAACAUUCCCAUCCAAAGAAGCAGCUCUCAGUGUCUAUGCAGCUAUGUAUCUGACAAUGUACAUUACCAAUACCAUCAAAGCCAAAGGAACCAGACUUGCCAAGCCAGUUCUCUGCCUAGGACUAAUGUGCUUGGCUUUUCUUACUGGACUCAACAGAGUAGCUGAGUACCGGAACCACUGGUCAGAUGUGAUUGCAGGUUUUCUCGUUGGCAUAUCCAUAGCAGUAUUUCUGGUUGUGUGUGUGGUCAAUAAUUUCAAAGGACGACAACCUGAAAAUGAGCACAUACACAUGGACAGUCUGGCCCAGAUGCGAAUGAUCAGCAUUCCCCGGGCGGAAAGUCCCCUGGAAAAGGUAACAUCUGUGCAGAACCACAUCACGGCCUUCGCGGAAGUCACAUGAUAUUGAAGCUGAUGGUUUUUCCCUUCACUGGACAUCAUCUCUUUUUACCACCCAUUCCUAACACCUAAAGUUUGUUUGCUUAUAAAAGAGGUUUAUAAAGUUGUCUAAUAAUUUUUAUAAUUUUCCAAUCAAUGUCAACCUCUCUGUAUUCCCCGCCCCCCACUAGACUGUGAUCUCCUCGAGGGCGAGACUGUGUCUUUCUGUUCUCUGUAAUCCCAGCAUCGACCACAAAAGCCUGGCACAAAGUAGGUGAUCAAUAAAAAACAAUGAGAUGAUUGAAUGAACCAAUCAAUCCUUAAAUAAAAUGCUCACUUUAGUUUCUCAGAGAAUCUGUGCCUCUGU